UGUUAUCGGAAAUCGACGCGUGGAUGGACGCCGAAGUUUACAAAGAAUUAGAUUGAGACGAGUUUAAAAAAAAGCGAAAAAUGGAGUGCGUGUGCCGCGUGUGCCUGGAUGGUUCCGUUCCACUUGUGGACAUAUUUGCCGAAAUCUCCGAUCUCAGAUUGAACCUAUAUGAAAGCAGCCCCGCCUGUGUCAUCAGCAAGCUCGCACCUGAGCAUUCUGUUGUACGCGGGGACUCCAUGCCGCAGUUUAUUUGUCUCUCUUGCAUUCAUGGAGUCCAGACUGCAUACCGCUAUAAGCUGUUAUUGGACAAAAGCUUUGCAAAUUAUCAACAACUCUCUCUAAACAAUACGAAACAAAAACAUUAUAGUCUAGUGCUAUUGAGCGUAUCGGGAAAUGAAGAAACAUACACUAUCGAAAACAUCUAUGAAGAGGAGGAUCGCAUGCGUGCAAAUGACAGGCCUGAGAUUGAGGCGGUGCUCAAUAAUGCUAUGUUGCCCGAGACGGCGGACGAGGCGGUUGAAAUGGACAAUGAAGAAGAAGGCACUUACACAUUGAGGAAUUCUCUAAGGAACUUCGCUGAUGACCAGACUCGUCCGCAGAUGAGCGUUUCAGUGGAUACCCAUGCCAUUGUCAAAAUGGAGCAGAUGCACAAGCUGGCCCAGGUGGCAAAAGCAGAGGCUCACAUGCACAACAAUUUACAACGGAAUAAAGCCAAUAAGAGGCAGAGUCGUCACUGUGGCAAGUCGCCGUUCCCUUAUGUGUGUGGCAAAGGAGUCAUGUCUGAGUGCCAUCUAAAUAGACAUGAAACCAGUCACAAGAACAAGCAGACGUCCGAACUCAACACGAAACAUCUUGGAAUUAAGAACACAAUUAAUCGUAGUCCGUUACCGAAAAAGAGGAAGCCAGAGUCGGUGGAGAGUAAUUUGGAAGUGCUUGGAAAAAAACUGAAUUUGACGUGCCAGGAGUGCGGUAGAAUAUUUUUGCUCAAAAGAAGCCUGGAUAAGCACACUUGUCAUCACUCAACGAACGUCCGGCGAACGUCCUUUCCAGUGCAUGCAGUGCGACGCUAACUGUAGGCCAAGGUCUUCGCUGAAUAAACAUGUUCAUUGUACUCACACUCGAAUGUCCCAAGCAGCUCAAAUACUGACCUUGGGGAACAUAUGCCAGGGUGCUGCUAGAAGAAAGAAGAAAACUUAGACGAUAGUUAUAAACAGAACAUACAGAAAAGAAUAGUGUCUGUCAAGUCAAGUUUAACUAAGGAAAAUAUGCCUGAAAAGCGUUUGGUUGUACGUUUGCAUCGUUAAAUUAUCCAUCGAAUCUUUAAUUUUUUUUUUCUUGCCUUUUUUAAGUUGAUGAAAUGACAACAUUUAUUUAGAAAACAUUCGACGAACUGCUUACAUUAUAUAUAUAAUUUUAAGUUUAUACUUAACGCCGUGGAACUUUUCUUUUGUACUUUAAGCUAAGUUAAUUUAAUUUUGAUACCAAAAGAG